AAGCUAAGCAUCCUCAUAGUCGACCACAGCCUCUCAGCUCAGUAUGCAAUUCAAAGCUCUCAUUUCUCUCGCUUUGGCUGCAGUCUCCGCUGCCGUUCCCAACGGCGGUGGUGGAGGUGGUUCCACCCCUCCAGGGACUCCCGGACCCGGCCCAGGACAGUGCAAUACCGGUCCAAUCCAGUGUUGCGAGAGUGUUCAAAGGGCUGACAGCGUGGCUGCGUCUACGCUCCUUGCCCUCUUGGGCGUCGUCGUCCAGGACCUGAGCAUCCCUAUUGGUAUCACUUGCAGCCCGAUCUCUGUAAUCGGCCUCCCUGGAAACUCUUGCUCUUCCCAGCCCGUCUGCUGCGAGGACAACUCCUUCAAGGGUGUCAUUGCUAUUGGAUGUACCCCCGUCAAUAUCAACGUUUGAGAUCCGCCACUCGGGUGAUUAUAUUAACGGGUUCAAGAUAACAAGUAGUUAGGGCCAUGUUACUUAGUCUGGGUUCGCGGCGGAGAAUACUACUACUACUACUGUUGCCCUAUUUUUGUACUCCCCUAUCUGUACUCCAUCCCUCACUUAUUCCACCUACUGUAUGUACUUUGUGCCUUUGUUCUUUCCUGAAUCGAUGGUGUUCCCCGUUCUC